UUCGUUCCUCAAACUGGACUUUACAAAGUCACUUUUAAGGACCUGCACAAUCCGCGCGUUUGGAAUUUACGCAAAGUCAGUUUGUGCGUAAAAGUCACUAAAAGCCACUUUGUUUGCGUUUUAAGUUUGUGAAUCAUGAAAUAAUUCUUUUUUUACAAUUAUUAUUUAUUAUCGUGCGUGUUUCUGGCGGGUGGCUGAGGUGGAAAAUAAAAAGUGCUGCGCCAAAGUGAGAAACCACCUGUUGCCGAGGUCUCCUGGACGUGCACGCGCCGCUAAAACAGGACGCACUGGGGUAUCUGUUUGUGGACAGGGGGCUGUUGCCAUGGUGACCGGGCUGGAGAUGAAGAUCAGGACGGACCAAUGGCUCGUGAGGACGCGCUGAGGUGUCUUCGCUGUCUGCUGUACGCGCUCAACGUGCUCUUCUGGCUGAUGUCAGCAUGUGUCCUGGGGGUGGCGGCUUGGAUCCGGGAUGUCCUGAACACCGUCCUAACCAUGACAGCCCACACCAGGCUGGAAGAGGCGGCACUUGUCACGUACUCUCCGGUUGUCCAUCCGGUGGUGAUCACGGCGUGCUGCUUUCUCAUCCUGGUGGCCAUGUUGGGGUACUGCGGUGCACUCAGGUGCAACCUGUUGCUGCUGUCCUGGUAUUUUGGCAGUCUGUUGGUGAUCUUCUGUGUGGAGUUGUCUUGUGCCGUUUGGACCUAUGAAGAGCCUUCAGUGCAGCGCUCAGACAUGAUCAGCCUGAAGUCCCGGAUGACAAAUUACGGCCUGCAGCGACACCAGUGGCUCACACACACCUGGAACACCUUUCAGACAGAGUUUAAAUGCUGUGGCGUGAUCUACUUCACCGAUUGGCUGGAGAUGACAGAGAUGGAGUGGCCACCUGACUCCUGCUGCUCCAAUCAGUAUCCAGGAUGUGCUCACCACGCCCACAACCAUGACCUCAGCGAUCUGCAUCAAGAGGGCUGCGGCCCAAAGAUCUACAGUUUCAUCCGCGGCACCAAACACCUGCAGGCGCUGCGUUUCCUGGGCGUGUCCAUAGGUGUGGCUCAGAUUGUUGCCAUGGCGCUCACCCUCAUGCUGCUGUGGGUACUUUAUUAUGACCACAAAGCUCCUGAGCUGGACUCCACACUACGGGCCACAGAUGACUCCGCCCUCCUCGCAGUGACCUACAGACCCUCAGACGGCGCCGCAAAGUCAACAAAAGGCGGGAUUAAAGCAACAAAUACUAACAAGGCCGGGGUCAGCGCCCCCACUGGUGACCUCCAGUUUGAGAUGGAGCGUUUGUCGAGUGACGUGAACACACCUGUGACAUCAGCAAAGUGACAGGUAAAUGUUGAUUUUCACGUUAUGACAUAGUGAGAUUUUACAGACAUAAAGUUUACAAAAAUGGAUUUAUCGUUAUUGACACAAUAACAAAGGGAAUAACAGAAACCCUGAUGCAUUCUGGGACUUUGUGGACAGAACGUGAUGCGUUAAAGGACCGAACAAAGAAAAUUAAAUUAUGACAUCCGGAUAAAGAACCACUGGAACAUAAUCCAACAUUUUAUUUUAUUUUAUUUAACAAACUGUUUCAGAAUUCAUUCACGGUGUAUCUUUCUUUAAGUGUUUGAUUCUCACAUUAACGUCAAAUGUUUUAAAUCUUCUCUUAGUAGCGAGUGAGAGUUUGGAUAAAAUCACAGUUAAAUAAAUGUGUUGCAAUGA